AGAUAUUUUAUGUGAUGAAAAGAAAAGUGAAAAAAUAAUAAAACGAGAAAAACUCAGAUUUAUACAAAAUGUCUCACGGAAAGGUCGUGCUGAUGGCUUGCGGCAGCUUUAGCCCGCCGACAUAUAUGCAUUUGCGUAUGUUUGAAAUAGCAAGAGACUACAUGCACAAUUUAGGUCUAGGCACAAUAGUGGGGGGUAUAAUGUCCCCUGUUCAUGACGCAUACGGCAAGAAAGACCUUGUUGCUGCACAACAUAGGAUAUCCAUGCUGCAGCUUGCAUUGCGUACAUCAGGCUGGAUUAAAGUGUCAGAGUGGGAGACACAGCAGUCAGGCUGGACAAGGACCAAGCUCUCUCUGCAGUAUCAUCAGGAUGCUAUUAAUAGUCACCUAAUGGGUCAGGAGAUGUCAGAUCCACCUCCAUGGCUUCCCGAUGACAUUCUGAAUGUGAACAGUAUUGAUGAGCCGGAUAAUUUAAUGGAGAAAUUGAACGGAAACUCAGAUGACAGGAUCACUAUCAAAUUGUUAUGUGGUGCUGAUUUAUUGGAGUCAUUCGCUACACCUGGAUUGUGGUCUGAUGAGGAUCUGGAAACUAUAGUAGGUAAACAUGGUCUUGUGGUGGUGACACGAGCCGGCAGUGACCCGGGACGAUUUAUAUAUGAAUCGGACAUGCUAUAUAAAUAUCGGAAAAACGUGAUAUUAGUAACAAAUUACAUAGCAAAUGAGGUGAGUUCAACAGUUAUCAGACGGCUGGUGCGACGCGGAGAGAGCGCCAAGUACCUCACUGAUGACUCCGUGCUCGCAUACAUACGACAGAACAGACUGUACGGCGCAACUCCUUAUAUCACGGAGGCUGCCCGCUGUAGCUGAGGUGUUGCGCGCCCCACCACUGAGCGCGCUCUGCCUAGUGCCCACCCCAUCCUAAUACUUAGCUUUACUCGCAUGUAUUACCACAUCCAGGGUCGUUAAGUCUCGCUUAGUGUGGGAAAUGUACACUCAGAGAUCUUUAGUGACUUACGGCUCUGUGAUGGUUUUAGUGUACUUGCAAAUGAAUUUAUACGUAACUGGAAAAUAGAUAUAAAGGUCAUCCCUUACUUUCCUCUUUCCAUAUAUAGGGUGUCCCAAAAGGUUACGUACAUAGGAAGGG